AAAAAAUCUGAGAAGAUUCGUAUCUCAAACUCCGCUGAUGGAUUUCAACUCAGUUUUUCAAUCUCUCGCGGAGUUAUUUCCACAGAUUGAUGCGAGGAUUCUAAGAACAGUUGCAAGGGAGCACCCAACGGAUGCUGAUGAAGCUGCAGCUGUUGUUAUCUCUGAGGUUGUUCCUUUGUUUCCUCAAGAAUGGGAAGUUCAUCAUCAUCAUGUUAAUAAGCAAAGAAAACUCCAUCACUUCAGCAAAGUAGAGCCUGAGAUGCAACAUGAAGACGCGUUGUCUCAGUGGCUUCAUCCAUCUCAUCUUCCACAGAGUUACCUUGCACUGCUCAACGAGGAAGAGAAAGAUGAUGAAGAAGAAGAAGAAGCAACACUUGAUUACGCUGUGAAGAAAGUGGUUCUUCCGAGCCGUGAUGACGCAGCAACUGGUGCACGACGAGAAGUCCGAACCAUUUACUCAGCUUCUAACAAAACUGCUUCUUCAGUGGUGAAACCUUCUAUUCGUGUACAAAGCCGCAAUGAAGAACUCUCAGGAAGUAGCAGCAAGGUUCCUGUUGUGGCUGGACGAUCCUCACGCAAGGCGGCGCACCAAUGGUCCAGCUACUCUGAGAAGCUGAGAAGUUGGAAGAAAAGAAGCAUCAACCGUGACUUCUCAUCACAGCUCCAUGGCCAAUGCAGAGAUGUACCCUCGUGGCAAUCUAACCAAAGCAAGCACAAAGGCUACAUCACUGAGCGUGAACGCAAGCAGCGAAUUGAUGACAACAUCAAGGCGUUAGCGAAGUUGCUCCCACGUGAAGUUCAGGAGGAGAGCUCUGAAGUGAUACUGAAUGAAAUUGUCGAUCAUGUGAAGCUUCUUCAGCUACAGAUGAAGGAACUAAGUCUAAGCAGGUUGGGAGGAGAACCAGUUUCUCAUCCUAUGACGUUCAUUGAGGGAUUUGGUCACUACAUUCAUCACGAGGAGAUGAUGACAAAGCCUCUUGAGGAAAUGAUGGAAGAUCUGCUCGCAAAUGAUCCUGAUGCUGCGACUCGCUUGUUGGAGAGCAAAGGCCUUUACCUGAUGCCUUUGUCCUCAGUUCAAGACUUUUGCUGAACCAAAACACAUAAAAAAGAUAGUGGUUAACGAUAGUCUUACAAAGUUAUUAGGACACUAGUUUGUUUGUUGAAUCAAUGGUAGUUUUCUCAACAUACUAAUUUUCAGUACAUGUUGUUUAGCUACGUUUAUGUUUUUGUUAUUAUAUCCC